AUGGUCCAGCUUUCAAAAUACAUUGCCAUUGCAGCAGCAUGCUUGGCGGCUCCCGCCAUUGCUCACCCAGGCGAAAAACAUGACCCCCAUGUUCUCAAGCGGGAGAUCCAUACCCGUGAUGCCAUGGCCUCUCACGCCAAGCGCUCCCUUGGUGGAUGUGAAAGCACCCUCCACGCGCGAGAGCUCAAUCGGCGCAGCAUCGCUCGUCGCUCACGCACCGUCCAACAGCUUCGCCAGAAGCGCGGCAUCACUGCUCCCCCAAAGCAGCGUCGUAACCUCGCCGCGCUCGAGAAGUGGGAGGCAAUUGACCACAACCGCACCGGAGUCCUGGACUACAGCUCCGCCACGCCCGAGUCGGUCAUUUUUGCCGCCAACACAAGCUGCAUCCUGUCGCCCACGGUCACCGACGGCCCGUACUAUGUCUGGGGCGAAGUCGUGCGCCAAAACGUGAAGGAAGACUUGUACUCCGAUGGUGUGGAUGUUUUCCUUGAGGUGCAAUACAUCGAUAUCAACACCUGCAAACCCGUCCCAGGAGCGCUGGUUGAUAUCUGGCAGGCCAAUGCCACUGGUGUAUACAGUGGAAUCUCCGAGUCCGGCAACUAUGCUGCCGACGGCUGGGACUCUACCUACCUGCGUGGCAUUCAACAAACGGAUCGUGACGGUGUGGCCACCUUCGAGAGCAUCUUCCCGGGCCACUACGAGGGGCGUGCGACACAUACUCACCUGCUCACGCACCUGAAUGCCACCCUUCUUCCCAACAAGACCCUCGAGGUUGGCACCGGUAGCGUCGCGCACAUUGGCCAGCUGUUCUGGAACGAGGUGCUCCGUUCCGCGGUAGAGGACACCUACCCGUACAACACCAACACGCAAAAUGUCACCUCCAACGCGGAGGACAUGUGGAGUAUCGAACAGGCCGACAGUGCCUACGACCCCUUCCCGGAGUACCUUUACCUUGGCGAUGACCUCGACGAUGGCCUGUUUGCAUGGAUUCAGAUUGGAAUCAACGCCACCGCUGAUUUCACAGACAACUCCUACUACAGCAUCGCCGCGUACCACGAUGCGGACGGUGGCCAUCAAAAUGAGGAUAGCACCUUUGCCGGAGGUGGUGGUGGUGGUGGUGGUGCCCCUAGUGGUUCCGCUCCCAGUGGUACCAUGUCUGGCGCGGGCCCUAGUGCCUCUGCAUGA